CGGGAAAAAGAAAUCUGGCAUCCUAUACUUUACAAAUAUUAGACCCUCUCUUAUUUAAUCAUAUCUAGUUCCCCCAUUUUCCGAGCUAUAUGUACCUAAAUUUGUUCAUGCCAUAAGCAAGAACAUCACCAUCUAGCUGCGCACGUACGUUCACUUUCUUCUCCUUCCUGUUUCACCAACACAUACCGAGAGAAAGACAGAGCGAGCUUAAGCAAAGCAUGUCGUCUUCCGAACUCGUCCAUUCUUCAGCAUUACUUUCAGCUGUGUUCGUAUUGUCUAUUUCGGUUAUGUUUCUACCAGCAAGGGCUGCGGUGAAGAUGCCGCCAAACGAAACGGUCCCGGCCGUUAUCGUGUUCGGAGAUUCGAUUGUCGAUGCCGGCAACAACAACAACAUGGAAACUCUCGUCAAGUGCAACUUCCCCCCCUAUGGCAAGGAUUUCAAAGGCGGCAUCCCGACGGGAAGAUUUUGCGACGGCAAAGUGCCAUCCGACCUCAUAGCGGAACAAAUAGGCAUUAAAGAUGCAGUGCCGGCAUACUUGGAUCCGAAUCUACAAAAUCAUGACCUGGUCACGGGGGUUACCUUCGCUUCCGGUGCCAGCGGAUACGAUCCGCUCACGGCCCAGCUAAUGUCGGUCAUGACCAUGUCGGAUCAGCUGAAUCUCUUCAAAGAGUACAUAGGGAAGUUGAAAGGUUUAGUUGGAGAAGCGAAGGCGAACUUCAUCUUGGCCAAAAGCUUGUACCCCGUGGUGUCCGGAAGCGAUGACAUCGCCAACAACUACUUCACCGCUCGCGUGAGGCAAUUGCAGUAUAAUGUGCCUGAAUAUACCGACCUCAUGGUCGAAUCGGCUUCCAAUUUCCUACAGGAAUUAUAUUACCUCGGAGCUCGAAGAAUAGCAGUGUUUAGUGCACCACCAAUAGGGUGUGUUCCUUCACAAAGGACAUUAGCAGGAGGACUAGGACGAGCUUGUGCAGAGGAGUACAACGCUGCGGCUCAGUUGUUCAACUCCAAGCUCUCUUCAAAGCUCGACUCUCUCAACAGCAAGUUGCCCCGCAGCAAGAUGGUCUACGUUGAUAUCUACAACCCACUUCUCGACCUAAUUCGAUUUCCCAGAAAAUAUGGUUUUGUAGUUUCGGACAGGGGGUGCUGUGGGACAGGGAACAUUGAGGUCACAUUACUAUGCAACAAAUUGUCCCCGGACACGUGCACAAAUGUGUCUGAGUUCGUGUUUUGGGACAGCUACCACCCCUCGGAGAAAGCUUACAGAACCCUAUUGACUCCCCUCAUCAACAAAUAUAUCAAUAGGUUCUUCUGAUCUGAGCAAACAUCUCAUCGCUCUGAUCCCAUCAGGUUAUGUGCAUCCAUGGAGCAGCAGCAGUUUGAUUCGAUCUCUAGCAUGUCCUUCACAAGAACCAACUUGCUCUUGUAUGAAUCGACUCGUAAUAUGGGAUCGAGAGAUUUUAUGAAUAAGGAGUCCUCCAUCAACAAUUUCAGUCUUUUCUGCAAUAAUCUUUUGUUUACUUCGUAUUUUCCACGUCUGUAUUAUGAUGCAGCAAUAAAUAUUAAACAACUAUGGAUGGAAGCUCCUGUAUAGACUUCUAUUUGGCA